AUGAAGAAGGGCAAGGGGCAGAAGUCGAAGGCCAGGCGCCGAGGCUCCGCCUCCCAGCACGCCAGCUCCGAAGGCACCGGAUCCAGCCCGCAGCCGCCCAGCCCCCCGCCCACCCGGCCGCCGCCCAGCACCCCGACCACGCCGCCGCCCAGCUCUGGAGUCACCUCACAGCCCAGCAGUGAAUCCAUCCCCCCGCAGCCCGUGCCCCAGGCUCUCCCAGCUCCCGAAGUCAGCCGUUGGGCUCGGGGCGUCGCGUCUCCGGACACUGGCACAAAAGCAUCCCCUCGAUCCAGCAAAACAGGGUCUGUGACGCGAGCGGGCCCGCGCGCCUGCUGUUCCUGUUUCGCUUGUCCCGGCAGCUCUGCUUGCUGGCAUCGUCUGGGCCUGUGCCACAGCCGCAUCUUCGAUGUCCUUCUGCCUCGGGCCUGGCCGACCAUGCCGGGGAGAGGAUUCCCAAACCUCCUCACCUUCUACAGAAGACCUGCAAGUAAACAUUCCACUCAUCGUAACUUGCGUGCUCCGAGCCCUUGGGACUGUUGCUGUGGCUCUGGGAGCCCUAGGAGCUGCCUACUACAUCACUGA